AUGAGGGCUCUGAUGCAGCUCCAGUACAACGCUAACAAGCUCCACAUCGAGUUCCACCAGAAAGUUGUUGCCCUGAGGAGUAAGUAUGAAGCCAACCUGGAGUCUAUCUACCAGGCGCUCAACCAACACAGCAACAAUCGCAACUUCAACAACAAGCACCCCAACAACAGCAACAACGACAGCUACCUACCACCACCGCCACCAACAGCAACUACAACAACUUCAACACCCACUCAACAAAAUCAGCGCUCCAAAAUUAUGAGCAACACGAGCAACAACAACACCGGAAGUGGAGCAGGUCCGAUGUUAGUUGACGCAUCCGUUUCCGGCAUGGAGAUAAAAAUGAAGCAAGAUGGCGACUGUGAGGCGAAGAACAAAAACGCCAACAACUUUCGUUUCAUGAGUCAUCUAACAUGGCGUAACAUGAAGUUUGAAGCUAGAAGUUUUUCUCAUAAAAUUACUGUCCCGUCCUUCGACAGUCAGUCACCGCCACCGAAGAACCAGGCCAAGAACUUCAGAUCCGACACGGAAAUGUCCUCACUCUCCCAAACAAACACCAGUAAGAAUGUCCCUGCCUUCUGGUACCGCGUCUUCACAAACUCCAAAACCAUGCUCAGGGAGAUCCAGAUAGUUGACCAGCCCAUACUCUAUUGUUUGAAGAACGUCAAGGUCAAAACAGAUAUGUCCAACUUGCAGAACCAGAAAAAUUAUAGCUUCAUGCUGGAGUUUCAUUUCGACACGAACGACUACUUCACUAACUCCAUUCUGAGCAAGGAGUACUUCAUUCAGCUGCAGCCGGUCGGCGCGGACAAAAACUGUCAGAUUUAUUGGAAGCCAGGAAUGAACGUUACGGAGAUUGAAGUGAGAUCGUUGAAGAAUGACAAGAACAAGAAAGGUAAGAAGAUGGUAGUCAUGCAUUACAGUAAGGAAUCCUUCUUCAACUUUUUCUCCACACCGGAAUGUGGGUUUUCAUUUCAAAACGCCAAGCAACGCGAGGAGCUGGAGGCAGACUACGCACUGGGCUUGUACAUCAAGGAAAAGAUUGUUCCUAAAGCCAUUUCUUAUUUUCUGGGUGAAGUAUCAGACUCGAGCAGCAGUGAAUCAUCGGCGUCGACGGCUUCGAGCAGUACAGAGUCCUUGCUCCAAUGA